GGACACCGGCGAUUCCCACCAAGAACAGAAGGAGAGAGAGAGAGAGAGAGUCGCAUCGUGUGCUGCAGGCGCUCCCGUUUUAACUCAUCGAAUCAUCGCUCGUACACCGGCAAACACUGUCGCGCGCGCGCAAGAUCGCGAUCUCGUCAGACGUUGAACCAACAACCAAACACCUCGUUGAUCUUUCUCUCAUCGGGUUAUUGACGAAUCAUUCGCCUAGUCCUGGUUUAUUUUAUCUUAUUUUUUCUUUUUGAAGGGUGUUUUACAACUGAUUUACCCGACCGUCGAUUCGGUCGUUGAAACGCUUUCAUGAUGGAAUACCCCCCCCAGUACCAACAAGCCCACGGCCAACAUCCUCAUGCGCAAUCGCAUCUGCCGGGCUCCUACCAACCACCCCCGCAGGCCGGCCAGCCGGUGGGGUCCAUGACCUCGCCGACAAACCCACAAGCCCACCUGCAGCAGCAGCAUCAGGCUUCACCCAUUGUCCCCUCGCAGAGUCAUUAUCCGCCCGCGCAGAAUCCCGCCGGUCCUGUCCACCAACAGAUGAAUUUUCCGCAGUCAUACGGCGUCGCCGCAGCCAUGCCGCAGCCCUACGGCAUCUCUCCGACCCAGGCUGCCGCCAUGGCUACCGCUGCCGCCUCGGGGCAGUUCUACCCCCUCCACCAGGACUCGAUGGCGGGUCAGAUGGCCCAGGGCCCCCGCGGCUCCCCGCGCAUGGCCGGCGUCCAGGUGAAAUCCGACCGCAACCCUCGCUCGCCGCCUCAGAUCCCUGGCCAGAUGCCCCCAAUGGCCUCCCAGGUCACCAUGCAGCAACGUCGGAUGAGUCACGUCGGCAGCCCACACGUCCCCAGUGCUCAGCCCGUCAUCAACCACGUCGGGCGGCCCUCGGUGCCUCCCACCAUGCCUCCUCCCCCACAGCCGUCCGUUCAGCACAGCCAGCCGUCGCCCGAGAUGGUCCAAGGGACCGCCGAGGAGUCGCCCCUCUACGUCAACGCCAAGCAGUUCCACCGCAUCCUCAAGCGCCGUGUCGCUCGUCAAAAGCUCGAGGAGCAGCUCCGUCUUACCUCCAAGGGUCGCAAGCCUUACCUGCACGAGUCGCGCCAUAAUCACGCCAUGCGCCGGCCCCGUGGGCCCGGUGGUCGUUUCCUCACCGCUGACGAGGUCGCUGCCAUGGAGAAGAACCAGGCAGCUGGCGGCGGCGGCGGCGGCAGUGGCGCCCAGGACUCCGGUAAUCACAGCGGCAAGUCUGGCGCCACCGACUCUCCCUCCAUCGGCUCCAGUGCUCAGAAACGCAAAUCCAGUGAUCUGUCAGAGGAGAAGGAGAACAACUCCAAAAAAUCAAAGACGCGACACAGUGCCAGCGACAGCGACCCGGACUCGGGUGAGCCUUCCGAUGAAGAAGGCUGAUCUCUCUUCUUCCGUACCGUGGAUGGCUGCACUCACUCACCUCCUUUUCUUCAUCCUCCUUCUUACUUCGUCGUAUGUACUUGGUCAUCACGGUUGUUCUGGAACGGACGUUUGGUGUUUGUUCUCAAUUUAUUCUAUUCUAUUUUUUUUUUUUUUUUCAUUUUC